UCACAGGGAUCACAGACACUCCAGAUAGAGACGUCACCUCGCUGCCCUGCCUCCUUGCUCUUUGGACCCCGAAAAUUUUUUUGGGACGGCUGAGCGAGCUGCAUAGAGUCACGUCUCCUAAGACCCGGCUCACCCACAGCUGACUCUCUGAAGGCAGAGACAUCCGGGGGCGGGGGGAGGUGAAAGGAGUCCAGACUGAGUGGGACCUGGAUGUGAUUAGGGCGAGGGACCGGCUGAGCUCGAUGCUGCGGACAUGUUGCCGGAGUGCUGCGCGACAGAGGGAGACUCUGGAAGUGAAUGAGAGCCUUAUGUAGAGAGGGAGAGAGAUGCUUUUCCUGCAGCGCCCGCGUGUGAUGAAUCUGGAGCGCAGUGAGAGAGGGGAGCGCCCUUCCCCCCGAGGCCCGGACAUGGAAGCCCGCGCCGGCGGCAAGAUGGGGAAGAUUUCCGUGGGCUUCCAGAGGAGCUCCACCUCGGACGACGACUCCGGGUGUGCACUGGAGGAGUACGCGUGGGUGCCACCCGGACUCAGGCCUGAGCAGGUCCAGAAGUACUUCUCCUGUCUGCCAGAGGACAGGGUGCCGUACGUCAACAGCCCCGGAGAGAAGCACAGGAUUCGACAGCUCCUCUACCAGCUGCCGCCGCACGACAAUGAGGUGCGUUAUUGCCACACUCUGACAGAGGAGGAGAAAAGGGAGCUCCACAUGUUCAGUGCCCAGAGGAAGAGGGAGGCACUGGGGAGAGGAACACCCAAGAUCCUGCCUCGAGCUCUGCAACACACCCGCUGUGAAAAUUGUGGCGGAGGAAUCAACGGAGGGGAGAUGGCAAUUUUUGCCUCCAGAGCAGGGCCAAGCCCCUGCUGGCACCCAGCGUGCUUUGUUUGUUCCACGUGUCAAGAACUGCUGGUGGAUCUAAUAUAUUUCUACCAAAAUGGCAAGAUUCUCUGUGGAAGACACCACGCUGAGCUUCUCAAACCACGAUGCACUUCUUGUGACGAGAUCAUCUUCGCUGACGAGUGCACUGAAGCGGAGGGUCGCCACUGGCAUAUGAAGCACUUUGCCUGUUUCGAGUGCGAGAUAAUGCUAGGUGGGCAGCGCUACAUCAUGAAAGAUGGCCGACCCUACUGCUGUGGCUGCUUUGAGUCCCUGUAUGCAGAAUACUGCGAGGCCUGUGGUGAAAAUAUUGGUGUUGACCAUGCCCAGAUGACCUAUGAAGGUGUACAUUGGCAUGCCACAGACCAGUGCUUCUGUUGUGCCCAGUGCAAGACAUCCUUGCUGGGCUGUCCCUUCCUUCCAAAGCAGGGUCGCAUCUAUUGCUCAAAGGCCUGCAGCCAGGGAGAGGAUAUUCAUGCCUCUGACUCGUCUGAUUCCGCCUUCCAGUCAGCUCGCUCACGUGAAUCACGGCGCAGCGUCCGUAUGGGCAAGAGCAGCAGGCCUGCUGAACAGUGGAGACAGUCACAGCUGUUCAAUCCCCCUGCGGCCAUCCCAUCGUUUGAGUACAAGAUUGUGGAUGGCGAUGGUGAUGCAGAUGCUGCCGUUGACGUGGUAGGACGUAGGCUGGCCCAUCUCGGCCUGGAGGAGAGGUUCUGGAGGGAGCGGGAGGAGCAGGACGCCUGUGGAGAGGAGGACCCAGAGGAGUGGGCCCAGCAUGAGGACUAUAUGACCCAGCUCCUGCUCAAGUUUGGUGACCGUGGGAUGUUACACCAACUUCAGCAGCCAUCCCUUAAAUCUCCCAGCCCCAGCAGUGACAGAAACGGGCUCAUAAGUGUCUCUGAUCCGUGGCUAAAGCCUGAUACUACAUCAUUGGGGGUUAGCGCCUCCUCUCCCACGCCUGCCAGUCCCACCCAGACCCAAACGUCCAAUCAAUCCCGAGCCAACAGCCAUAGUCCUGGACUUAUGAGCAAGAAGCACCUGCCUGAAAUGUACUGGGCCCAGUCGCAGGAUGGGAUGGGAGACUCCGCCUAUGGGAGUCAUCCAGGUCCUGCCAGUGCCAGAAAGAUCCAAGAGUUGGAACUGGAUCAGGACCCAUCUGGCACAGGAAGACAGGCUUUCUGGUCAGACAACAGGCAGUGGUAUGAAGACUCCCUUGAGUGUAUCGCUGGUGAGCUGAGGAAGGUCGAGCAGGGUGUUGGAGACUCCAUGGACUCCCUGGCACUCUCAAACAUCACAGGUGCAUCAGUGGAGGGAGAUGGCAGGGAUAGACCUAUUGUCUACACCCUAGCUAUGAAGGAUCCCUCAGUGGGAGACGACUGCGAGAAAAUGAGCAACAUGGGAACCUUUAAUUCGUCUCAUCGUCACCAUAGUACCAAUUCACUGAACCUUAACAUGGAGAAGGGAGACGAGCAGGUGGCAUUGGCAAUGAGGGGAGGUACACCAGGAGGACUUCUCUCAUUGUCCCCACAUUCUGAAGGUCUCCCUACCCCCUUUGUCCAUGCCCCCGCUCUGAGGAGAAGCAAGUCCCAAUCGAGGCCUCCUCAGAUGGUCAAGUUCUCUGAAGACACUGUUGACAAUGGAUAUAAUGAUGGGUUUGAAGUCAGUAUUAGAAAGCAUCCCAUGAGUGAGAAGCCACAGCGGAGGGUUUACUGCCCAGAUGAGAUGAGCCGAGAGAGGAGCCACUCAACAAGCCACCAUGGGCGCAGCAGGCCGCACCACCACCGGCAAAGCCGACACCACAGGAGUCGCAAAACCCGCUCGGACAACGCCCUUCACAUGGUUCCCUUGGACAAAGCACAGAGGCCGUAUGAGCCCCAGCAGCAGGGUCUGGUAAAUCCUUCAUGUGGUGCCAUGCUCUUACAGCAUCCCUCACACAGGCUGCCCCUGGCCUACUCCCAAACUCGAUCUGACUAUAUGCUUCAGGGCGCAACGCAAGGAGACCCACGGGUGGAGCAUUUCAUGGGUCUCCACAGAGAUGAGGACGACUGGUGCUCUACUUGCUCCUCUUCAUCAUCAGACUCCGAGGAGGAGGGCUUUUUCCUGGGUCAGCCGAUCCCUCAGCCUCGACCGGUUGGGCGUUACUACGCUGAGGACUUCCCAACAAGGGUUACAGCCCUCUCUACCCACAUUCAUGGCUCACAGACUGGUCGCAGAAAGAGCCACCGCUCUAAAAAUUGCAUCAUCUCUUAAUAGUUCCAGUGUAAUUACACACAGUAAUCUGCACUCCAUUAAGUAAUAGUCCGAUUUUCUGAUGGUUUACGCAGGUCAAAUCUGAGUUUAGAAAGGCCGUUUUAAAACAACGCAUGUGCACAAACAGAUUAUGUGCAGAUAGGUUCAUGUCAAGAUGCAUAUCACUUUUGGCCAAAAUCUACUGAAAGAAAGAAAUCUUUAGUUAUAACAAUUAAGCAAAUAAAAGAUAAAAAUAAAAAAAUGUGAAAAAAACAGUAAGAAAUGCUUUUCAGUGUUUGUGAAUUUGGCCUAGAUACUGGGUCUUUUUUUAAUUUUAGCACUAAUGUGAUGCAUGGACUGGUACAUUUGGAAGCCUUUCUUAAGACAGUGUUGACAGAAAUGAUGGCAGAGUUUCAUUUCAUUUCAUUUUUCGCCAUUAAGUUGUUUUAAAUGUCCACAUUAAGGUUUUGCAGCAAUAUCUGCGCGCAUUCAAAUGGCAACACUGUUAUACACAGAGGUUGACAAGGAGAAACUAGAAACUAACCAAAUAAUUAUUUAAUGCAUAAUAGUACAAAAUGAUUAUGUACAUACUAAGUUAAGAUUUGAAUACUGGUAUUUUUAUAUCUGUGUUUUAAGAUUUUUUUUUUCUUUUGAAGUGUAUAUCUAUAAAAAAAAUAGCAGUUGUAAACCAACAGGCCGUGUUAAUAUUUCAAGAGAAACAACAAAGAAGGUGCCACUUCAUAAACUGUGUUCUUCAUAGUUAAGUGCCAUGUUACUUGGUAACAAUGUCUAUUUUAACAUGUAUUCCACAAUGCUCUCUGUUGGUGUAGAAAAUAUAGAGAGCAUGGCAGUAACAGUUGCAUUUUUCAUAUUCAGACCAAAUGUUCACCACCGUUGCUCAGACAUAACCAGCUUAAUGCUUUGUCCUGUAAAGAUGCUUGUAAUAAAUACUUUUCUCCAAAGCUUCAGGAA